CACAUGUCACUGCUUAAAGUCCAACGCUACGACUGCUCAGGCCGAUUUUCUCUUUGUUCAUCAAACGGCAAAAACAGAGACCCGCAAACCUUUCGCAGUGCGUCUCCAACCGUAAGGUUUACAGAGCCGAAAAAAAACAAAGUAUCUUCCUCAGAUAGAUCUGCGAGAUAGAUUCCCCAAAUAUUACUGUUUGCAUCGUCGGUUAGUUGGUUAUAAUGGCUGAUCAGGAUAAUGUGGAGAAAACCCCCGAUGAGAGCCAGGAGAGCCCUGCGGUGGCUGAGGCUGCAGUGAAGGAAAAGACUUCGUCUGAGAUCUCAGAGUACGACAGCGUGGAUAGUUACAGUGACGAUGAUGAGCAACCUAUUGGAAAAGCCCGUUCUAAGGCAUCUGGAUUGGAUUCCCAAUCGGAAACAGAAGACUGUGCGGCUCUUGAACGUGAAGAAGGUGAUGGCCAAGAAAGCGUUCCACAGAAGAAGGUGGAUGAUGAUGAGGACAAGAAGAACCCGCAGUACAUCCCAAAGCGAGGAACUUUCUAUGAACAUGACGACCGAACAGCUGAGGACUUAGAGAAUCAGGAAGAAGCCGAACCGGAAAAGGUGGACAAAGACGGGAAAAAGAAAAUCUGGGACAAAGAGGGAAGAUGGGGCCAUGAUCGGUUCAACGAUCAAGAGCAGUCGCCUAAGUCGCCUUCCGAAUUGAUUGCCAUCUAUGGUUAUGAUAUUCGCAAUGAAGAAGGCCCUCCAAAGGCAAGAAGGCGCAGAAGAUAUGGCCGCGGCCCGAAUAAGUACACUCGAAACUGGGAGGACGAAGACGCCUAUGGGAAGCCUGUUCCAGCUCGCCCACCAAAGCCCGCUAAGAAAGAGCGGCCCAGAAACUCUGAGGAGUUUCCUCCUUUAGGAGCCAACAGCGAUCGCGCCCGGCUAAAGUCCCCCUCAGACUCUAAUGGCGAUAACAUCGAAGCUCAGGAAAACAAUAUGCAAGCUUCAAGAGCGUCAAUUGAGAGACAAGACCCGAAGAAAGAGCAAGCAGUGGAGCAAAAUCAGCCUCCGGCAUCGCACAAUCCCAACUCGUCGAGACAAGCGCCAGAACAACGAAACUUGCAGCCGGAACAAGGUUCCGGUAGGUUCAACCAGCCCCAGAAAGUGGGAACUGGGAGAAUAAUCGCCCCUAAGAAGGAAAUCAAGGACUCUGAUUACAAGGGUUUUACGACCAAAACCCGGCAGCAGCGCAGCGUUAGAAGCGAAAAUCAAAAAGUGCUUCCCCCAAGGAACCUCAAGAAGGAGAACGAGUACAUUCAAUCGCAAAACUUCUCCAACAAGAACAGCAAUCAAAAUCAGAUCGCUGAAAUGGAACGGGAGAUCAGUAGUCUGAAUAUACAAGACGGGGUCUAUAAGGGCAAGCGAACCAGCGCGGGCAGCAAUAAUAACAACAAGCCAAACGCAAACAACCAGAACAGACAGGGGAGCGUUCCGCCCCGUUUACAGAACAGUGAGCCCAAAGGCUCGAAGCGCUACAGCUCAUUGAGGCAACGAUCGCUCCCCGAAACCAACGCGCCGCCAGUGCCAGCUAAUUUCAGCUUCUACCCAAAUGGUAAGCACCAUCAUUUAAUUAAGCAUGGAGGAGCGGUUACAGAUGUACACACUUACCCCUGUGAUUACAAUUCGGCGGCCCCGCCCCCAGCAACACAACAACCAAUCCUGCCCUCAUCUAUUCCCCCUGCAGGUUUAGUGCCGCCCCAAGUGCCUGUAAGUGCAGCGCCGCCCUUGCUGCAGGCCCCGUUUCCCGCGGCGGCUGCUUUUGCAGCGCCGGCGCCCCCUCAGGCCUUCCUGCAGGGCCCACCGCCCCCUUUUAUCGCAGCACCGCCUGCGCAGCCCCAGCUAGUCAGUUACGUUACGCAGGCACAGCCAGCUUUCGUGCAGGGCUACCAGGGACAGUUUAACGCUGUUACACAGCCAGCUGAUUUGUAUCAGCCACAGGGAGGCAUAACGUACUACUCGGCUGAUCAGCAAAUCGCACAACGGCCGGUUCCUUUAAGGAGACCUAAAGCGGCCAUCCCUAUAGUCGCUCCCACGAACUUCAAAGAUCAGAUUCAAAGGGAUGAUGUUAGUUGUAGUACUGGUGAAGCGACUCCAGUGAGCGAAUGAGAUUGGCUUGUCUAUGUAGGAUUUAGCGGUAGAUGAUAAGUGUGUUGGAAUUUUUUACAUUAUUUUUUAGUUUUACUGGUUUAAUCUCAACCAGAUAAUUACUGAUUCAUAGACGAAAUUAACUCUCGCACCUAUGGAAUAUUAUGUAAGAGAGAAUUUAUCAUUAUAAUGAAGUUCGGAGUUCAUUAAACUAAGUCCGCGCUAUUCCUAGCACACUCUGUAUCGUGCGCACUUACUUUGAGCUCUUUAUAGAUUGUUAUCGAUAUGUUAUAUAAUCGACUUUAAUUCCUUAUUUAUUUAUGAUAGAUAUUUUCUAUAAUGUAAAGAAUAGAUGAUAAAACCAUAUAUGGCAAUUUUCACGAUUUCAUGGCAGUUGCAAGGAAAGUUAGUUAUAGCGUAAUAUAUAAUAUUAAGAACCAA